AUGAAGUUCCAGUACUCUGCCCUGCUGGCGCUCGCCGCGUCGGCGUACGCCGCUCCCCCGACCCAGUCUGUCAAGGAGGUCGCUCGCCAGGCUUCGGCCGGCUGCGCGUCUGCCGUGACCCUGGACGCCAGCACCAACCCCUUCAAGAAGUACACGCUGCACGCCAACACGUUCUACCGCAAGGAGGUCGAGGCUGCCGUCGCCGCCAUCACCGACACCAGCCUGGCCGCAUCGGCCGCCAAGGUUGCCGACGUCGGUAGCUUCCUGUGGAUUGACUCCAUUGCGAACAUCGCCAAGGUCGAGCCCGCCAUUGCCGAUGUGCCCUGCGACCACAUCCUGGGUCUGGUCAUCUACGACCUGCCGGGCCGUGAUUGCGCCGCCAAGGCCUCUAACGGUGAACUCAAGGUCGGCGAGGUCGACAAGUACAAGUCCGACUACAUUGACCCCAUCGUCAAGAUCCUCAAGGCGCACCCCAACACCGCCUUUGCCCUGCUCAUCGAGCCUGACUCGCUGCCCAACCUGGUCACGAACUCGGACCUGGACACCUGCAAGAAGAGCGCCGACGGCUACGAGACCGGCGUCGCCUACGCCCUCAAGAGCCUCAACCUGCCCAACGUCGUCAUGUACAUUGACGCCGGCCACGGCGGCUGGCUCGGCUGGGAUGCCAACCUGAAGCCCGGUGCCCAGGGCCUUGCCAAGGUCUACAAGGCCGCCGGCAGCCCCAAGCAGGUCCGUGGUUUCUCCACCAACACGGCCGGCUGGAACGCCUGGGACCAGAGCCCCGGCGAGUUCUCGACCGCCUCGGACGCCAAGUACAACAAGUGCCAGAACGAGAAGACCUACGUCGACACCUUUGCCCCUCUGCUCAAGUCUGCCGGCAUGCCCAACCAUGCCAUCAUCGAUACUGGCCGCAACGCCGUCACUGGUCUGCGCAAGGAGUGGGGUGACUGGUGCAACGUCAACGGCGCCGGCUUCGGUGUCCGCCCCACCGCUGACACGGGUGACGAGCUGGCCGAUGCGUUCGUGUGGAUCAAGCCCGGCGGCGAGUCCGACGGCACCAGCGACAGCAGCGCCACUCGCUACGACUCCUUCUGCGGCAAGGACGAUGCCUACAAGCCGUCCCCCGAGGCCGGUACCUGGAACCAGGCCUACUUCGAGGCGCUGCUCAAGAACGCCAAACCGGCGUUCUAA